AUGCCUGUCCCAGACCAGCCUCCUUCAGCCUCAGAGAAGACCAGCUCCUUGAGCCCAGGCUUAAACACCUCCAAUGGGGACGGAUCUGAGACAGAGACCACCUCUGCCAUCCUCGCUUCCGUCAAAGAACAGGAAUUACAGUUUGAAAGGCUGACCCGAGAGCUGGAGGCUGAACGCCAGAUCGUGGCCAGCCAGCUGGAGCGAUGCAAGCUUGGCUCGGAGACUGGCAGCAUGAGCAGCAUCAGUUCAGCAGGAGAGCAGUUCCAUUGGCAGACACAAGAUGGACAGAAAGACAUCGAAGAUGAGCUCACAACAGGCCUCGAGCUGGUGGACUCCUGCAUCCGCUCUCUGCAAGAGUCAGGAAUUCUCGACCCACAGGAUUACUCCACAGGGGAAAGGCCCAGUCUGCUCUCCCAGAGUGCACUUCAGCUCAAUUCCAAACCUGAAGGGUCUUUCCAGUAUCCGGCCAGCUACCAUAGCAACCAGACCCUGGCCCUGGGUGACACUGCCCCUUCUCAGCUCCCAGCACGCAGCACACAAGCCCGAGCUGCCGCCCAGAGCUUCAGCCAGGGCACGACCGGUCGCGCGGGGCACCUGGCGGGGUCGGAGCCUGCACCGCCACCUCCCCCUCCGCGGGAGCCGUUCGCGCCCAGCCUGGGCAGCGCCUUCCACCUGCCCGACGCGCCGCCCGCCGCCGCCGCGCUCUACUACUCCAGCUCCACGCUGCCAGCGCCGCCGCGCGGGGGCUCCCCGCUGACCACCACGCAGGGCGGCUCGCCCACCAAGCUGCAGCGCGGAGGCUCGGCCCCUGAGGGUGCCGCCUACGCCGCGCCGCGAGGCUCCUCGCCCAAGCAGUCGCCCAGCCGCCUGGCCAAGUCCUACAGCACCAGCUCGCCCAUCAACAUCGUCGUGUCCUCGGCCGGCCUGUCCCCGAUCCGCGUGACCUCGCCCCCCACCGUGCAGUCCACCAUAUCCUCUUCGCCCAUCCACCAGCUGAGCUCCACCAUCGGCACCUACGCCACCCUGUCGCCCACCAAGCGCCUGGUCCACGCGUCCGAGCAGUACAGCAAGCAUUCGCAGGAACUGUAUGCCACGGCCACCCUCCAGAGGCCGGGCAGCCUGGCAGCUGGGUCCCGAGCCUCAUACAGCAGCCAGCAUGGGCACCUGGGCCCUGAACUGCGGGCCCUGCAGUCCCCAGAGCAUCACAUAGACCCCAUCUAUGAAGACCGUGUCUAUCAGAAGCCCCCUAUGAGGAGUCUCAGCCAGAGCCAAGGGGACCCUCUGCCGCCAACACACACUGGCACCUUCCGCACGAGCACAGCCCCAUCUUCCCCCGGUGUCGACUCCGUCCCCUUGCAGCGCACAGGCAGCCAGCACGGGCCACAGAAUGCCGCAGCAGCCACCUUCCAGAGGGCCAGCUACGCUGCUGGCCCCGCCUCCAACUACGCCGACCCCUACCGACAGCUGCAGUACUGUCCCUCCGUUGAUUCUCCGUACAGCAAAUCGGGCCCUGCCCUCCCACCCGAAGGCACCUUGGCCAGGUCCCCAUCCAUUGACAGCAUUCAGAAAGAUCCCAGGGAGUUUGGAUGGAGAGACCCGGAGCUGCCUGAAGUGAUACAGAUGUUGCAGCAUCAGUUCCCUUCCGUUCAGUCCAAUGCCGCAGCUUACUUGCAACACCUCUGUUUCGGAGACAAUAAAAUUAAAGCAGAGAUAAGGAGACAAGGAGGUAUACAGCUCCUGGUGGACCUGCUGGAUCACCGGAUGACGGAAGUCCACCGUAGUGCCUGUGGGGCUCUGAGGAACUUGGUGUAUGGGAAGGCUAACGAUGACAACAAGAUCGCCCUGAAAAACUGUGGUGGCAUCCCAGCGCUGGUGAGGCUGCUUCGCAAGACCACAGACCUGGAGAUCCGGGAGCUGGUCACAGGAGUCCUGUGGAACCUCUCCUCAUGUGAUGCACUCAAGAUGCCAAUCAUCCAGGAUGCCCUGGCGGUGUUGACCAACGCGGUGAUUAUCCCCCACUCGGGCUGGGAAAACUCACCUCUCCAGGACGAUCGGAAAAUACAGCUGCAUUCAUCACAGGUGCUGCGCAAUGCCACUGGGUGCCUAAGGAAUGUAAGUUCAGCUGGAGAGGAGGCCCGCCGGAGGAUGCGGGAGUGUGAUGGGCUCACGGAUGCCUUGCUGUAUGUGAUUCAGUCUGCGCUGGGGAGCAGUGAGAUCGAUAGCAAGACCGUUGAAAACUGUGUGUGCAUCUUGAGGAACCUCUCCUACCGGCUAGCAGCAGAAACGUCUCAGGGACAGCACAUGGGCACAGACGAGCUGGACGGGCUGCUCUGUGGGGAGGCCAACGGCAAGGAUGCAGAGAGUUCCGGGUGCUGGGGCAAGAAGAAGAAGAAAAAGAAAUCCCAGGACCAGUGGGAUGGAGUAGGACCUCUUCCAGACUGUGCAGAACCACCCAAAGGGAUCCAGAUGCUGUGGCACCCGUCCAUAGUCAAACCCUACCUCACACUGCUGUCUGAGUGCUCAAACCCAGACACGCUGGAAGGGGCAGCAGGCGCCUUGCAGAACUUGGCUGCAGGGAGCUGGAAGGGCUGGGCUGAGGAUGUGGCAGGCAUGGCGUAUGCCCUACGUUCACUGCCAGAGGGGGCUCCCUGCCUGCCACAGUGGUCUGUCUAUAUCCGAGCCGCUGUCCGGAAAGAGAAAGGCCUGCCCAUCCUUGUGGAGCUCCUCCGAAUAGACAACGACCGUGUAGUGUGUGCAGUGGCCACGGCGCUCCGGAACAUGGCCUUGGAUGUCAGAAAUAAGGAGCUCAUCGGCAAAUAUGCCAUGCGAGACCUGGUCCACCGGCUUCCUGGAGGGAACAACAGCAACAACGCAGGGAGCAAGGCCAUGUCAGAUGACACCGUGACAGCCGUGUGCUGCACCCUGCACGAAGUGAUCACCAAGAACAUGGAGAAUGCCAAGGCCUUACGGGAUGCUGGCGGCAUCGAGAAGUUGGUCGGCAUCUCCAAAAGCAAAGGAGAUAAGCACUCUCCAAAGGUGGUUAAGGCUGCAUCUCAGGUCCUAAACAGCAUGUGGCAGUACCGAGAUCUGAGGAGUCUCUACAAAAAGGAUGGAUGGUCACAAUACCACUUUGUAGCCUCAUCUUCAACCAUUGAGAGGGAUCGACAAAGGCCCUACUCCUCCUCCCGCACACCCUCCAUCUCUCCUGUGCGUGUGUCUCCCAACAACCGCUCAGCAAGUGCCCCAGCUUCACCUCGGGAAAUGAUCAGCCUCAAAGAAAGGAAAACAGACUAUGAGUCCACUGGCAACAAUGCCACCUACCAUGGAACUAAAGGAGAACACACUUCCAGAAAAGACGCCAUGACAGCUCAAAACACUGGAGUCUCAACUUUGUAUAGGAAUUCCUACGGUGCGCCCGCUGAAGACAUCAAACACAACCAGGUUUCAGCACAGCCUGUCCCCCAGGAGCCUAGCAGGAAAGACUAUGAGACCUACCAGCCGUUCCAGAAUUCCACACGAAAUUACGAGGAGUCCUUCUUUGAGGACCAGGUCCACCACCGCCCUCCAGCCAGCGAGUACACCAUGCACCUGGGCCUCAAGUCCACGGGCAACUAUGUCGACUUCUACUCCGCUGCCCGCCCUUACAGCGAACUGAACUACGAAACGAGCCACUACCCGGCCUCGCCCGACUCCUGGGUGUGA